AUGCCGGCGACACCGGUGAUCAAGGAGCCUCAGAAGCAACUUCUUGCAGCUUGCAGAGAUGACGCAAGGACGCGCCAGGAAGUGCCUUGCGGGGCUGCAGGUGCGGAGCCGCAGAACAAGAAGGGGAAGUACCGAAAAGAUAAGCCGUGGGACCACGAAGGCAUCGACCACUGGAAGCCGGUGGCCAUCACGAAGGAGGAUGCGCCUUCGGGAGGCUUGCUUCUCGAGGAGAGCUCCUUUGCCACGCUUUUCCCACAGUACCGGGAGCAAUACCUAAAGCAGGUUUGGCCCGAUGUCCGAAAGGUGCUUGCCGAGCACGAGCUCUCAGCAGAGUUGAAUCUGGUCGAGGGCUCCAUGACAGUGAAGACCACGAAGAAGACCUGGGACCCGUACAUCAUCAUCAAGGCACGGGACAUGAUCAAGCUCCUGGCCCGAAGCGUCCCGCUGCCUCAAGCACAGAAGGUCUUGGAAGAUGAGGUCUACUGCGAUAUUCUGAAAAUCGGUGGCCUGGUCCGCUCCAAGGAGCGUUUCGUGAAGCGGAGGCAACGCUUGGUCGGGCCAAACGGCUCCACCCUGAAGGCCAUCGAGCUGCUGACUCAGUGCUUUGUGCUGGUGCAGGGGCAGACCGUCUCCAUCAUGGGUUCCGUCAAGGGUAUCAAGCAGGUUCGACGCAUCGUGGAGGACUGCUUUCGCAAUAUACACCCGAUCUAUCACAUCAAAGAACUGAUGAUACGCCGGGAGCUGGAGAAGGACCCGGAGCUGCAGAACGAGAAUUGGGACAGGUUCUUGCCCCACUUCAAGAAUCGCAACGUGCAGAGAAAGAAGAUGAAGGACAAAAAGGCCAAGAAGAAGACCAAGGAAGUCUUCCCACCUCAGCCUACUCCCAGAAAGGAGGAUUUGCAGAUGGAGUCCGGCGAGUACUUCCUGAACGAGAAGGAGAAGCAGCUGCGACAGCGGGUCGCAAAGCGCGAGGCGCAGCAAGCGAAGAGCGCGGAGAAGCGGAGAGAACGCGCCAAGGAGUUCGAGCCCCCGGCGCCCGCGAAAGCCAAGAAGCGGAAGGGGCAGGAUGCCGGGGAGUCGGCGCAGGACAUGGCACAGCGCUUGGCCAAGAAAGCGAAGGAUUCUCAGCCCAAGAAGCAGCGCGCAAAGUCUGAGUUGCUUCUGUAG